AUAACCCAGUUAGUUAGUAAACAGUUGUAGUGAUGACUCACACACUGAGUUGGCCACAUUAAUAUACGACAUACGUACUUCGUAUUAUACGGGAUUUACCUACCAUCUCGACAAUAUAAGUAUAUAGACUUAAGCACAUUUUGGAGUGGACAUUUUACCGCUUUCCUAGUAUUUUUAUAUGUAUGACCUCGACUGAACCCAGAAGGGGAAGAUUAUCGUCACAACAACGCAGUGUAGAUUCGAGUGGAUUGUUGAUAUUUUCAGUAAAUGUAAAGUUUUCCAAAAAUGAAUAUGUUGGAGAAAGGCAUAUGUAUAGUGAUACUAUUAACAUUUAUUAUCUCGAUACAUUCAGUACAUGGGCGAAACUUACAUCGAUAUAAAAGACAAAAUUUUAACUUUUCCAUGAACACACCUAAACCGUCAAAUAAUUCACAAAAUUUCAACGUUUCCAUGAACACCCCAGAAAUGACAAAUAAUGCAUCCUGCGAAGAUAAAUGUAUGGCUUCGUCUGAUUUCUGUAAAAAUGGCGGAACGUGUUCAUUCAAUCCAAACCUGUGCUCCAUAAUUUGUAGUUGUUCAGAUGAAUUCACUGGAAGUACAUGUGAGACACGGAAGCAGAAUAACCCAGAUUUCAGCAAUAAAGCAUGGGCUUGUUCCUUCACAAGGUGUAUUAAUGGAGGAAAGAAGGUGGAUACUGAUACUGAAUGUUACUGCAAUUGUACGGACGAGUAUACCGGCGGAAGUUGUGAGACAAAAAAAGCUGAUAUUGCAACGUUGGGUGUCAACGCUACAACUGGUACCACAACUACACUCCGACCAGAAUCCGAGAGAAUUUGUGAUGGAUUUGAGUGUUUUCAUGGCAGAUGUAAUGUUGAUGAAGGGAAAUACACGUGUGACUGUGAUAAAGGGUACAUUGGAAAUUACUGCACCGAAAAGUGUUUAAAAGACUGUGUACAUGGCGGCUGUGGUACUAAUGGCACCCACGAGAAAUGUGACUGUUACUAUAAAUGGACUGGAGAUUUGUGUGAUGAAAGAAUCCCAGAAGUAUCUAAUGCUUGGGUAUGGUAUACUGUUGGUGGAUGUGUAGGCGCUGUCCUCGUUUUGUUUUUGGUGUUUAUCGUUCUAAUAUACUGGAUGUGGAAGAGAAGAGAAAUUAUAGCCAUGAAGAUCGUCCAUUUCUUCCAACCAGUGGAAGACUCGGAUGGGAUGUUGUUUGAUGCCUUUAUCUCCUACAAAUCACAUCCAGACGACGAAGAAUUUGUUCUAAAAACGUUAUUUCCAAAACUUGAAAAAGAAAUGAAUUUUAAACUUUGUCUCCAUUUCCGAGAUUUUGUAGUUGGGGAGACCAUAGCCAACAAUAUUCUAUGGGCAGUUCAAAAUAGUAGACGUACGGUGCUGGUUAUUUCUCCAAAUUACUUAGACAGUGAAUUCGCGCGUUUUGAGUAUCAGACGGCACAGGUUGAAACAUUGAGACUACGACAGAGGAUCAUCCCUAUUAUGUACAAGGAUGUUCAGAGCAAAACAGACAAAAUGGACAGAACACUAAAAAAUAUUUUGGAAACAAUAACCUAUAUAAAAUGGUCCCCAGAAACUAACGAGAAAGAAAACGGUAAAUUUUGGAAACGCUUAGUCCUAUCACUCCCAAAACGAAGUGAUGUGGAAGGAAGUUCUAAAAGCUCUAAAUCGCCCGUCGUCUCUGUGAUAUCGACCAACAACGAGUCCAGUCAAUCAUCCGAUUCAAGCGUUCAAUUCCCCUCGUACAAAAAAAUGGAUAAGCUGGAAUCUGAGUGGACUAAUCUAAACGGUAUAUCCAAAAUCAGCGCAUAAACAGCUUCUUUGUAUUUCUCAAACUUGUUUGUAUAUGGGAACAAAAGAUAGAAAUCCCCACUUGCAUUCAAUGGUUUACAGUGUAUAUGUAACAGUCCGAAAAUCUGCUGGAAUCUGCUAACACUACAACCAUCUUUCCAUAGUUUAAAAAAACGGUCCUACAGCGUUGCAAAAUAUGCACACUAUACCCUAUCUAAGUAGACCACACCACCAUAAGUCUUCAGACUGACGAUGUAGUAUUAUAGUUAUAUUUAAAAUACAGAUGUGACGUCAUCCUUUGAUGUUGGCGUAGCAUUAUUUCAAAUAACUGUACGGACAAUGUGUCAAGCGUACAUUAUUUAUACUAGUUGAAAUAAUGGACCCACGUGACGUAUUUGACUGUAAUGCACGUGCUGGAUAGUGUCUGUAAGUUGUUUAUUUUAACUGCACAUGACAUAAAUCCAUAACCUAAUUGGUGCAAUGAUCACUAUUUCAAAAAUCUUGUCUUUUGUCAUUGUGUUGAUAUAGACUUAAAGCACAAUUCAUUCAAACGCAAUGGUGGACCAUACACUGCCUAAAUACCGCCUAACAAAACUGUUGAUUUUUAAAGAACAUUACAUAACAAUAUACAUGUAUAUAACUGCAGCUAAGGUAACUCUCCAAACCUUUUUUGGGUAUACUCUUUAUUAUAACGAGAUUAAUUUGUAUAUAAUUAUUUUCACAUCAUGUUAUCUAUAUAAUUUUGUUAUGUUUGUAAAUAAAUUGUUAUCGUUGAUA